AUGAUCGAUAUUGGUGCAAAUAUUGGAGGUUACUCAAUGUUUACUGCUGGAGCUCUGGGUCGUUUCACAUUGAUAAUUGAUUGCUACCUGCCGAAUAUUGAAAAUAUUGCACGAGCAGUUCAAAUUCAACGCGUACAAAAUCGUGUUGUUCUCGUUCAUAAUGCUUUAUAUUCAAAAUCUGGAGAAUAUAUAACCUUGUCAAAAAGUACACCAUCUGAAAUAGAAUUACGUGAAACUGCACAACAGAAUAUCACCAGUGAAUUUGUUGUGCAAACAAUUCGAUUCGAUGACUUGCUGCCGAUAUUGAUCGAAAGAAAAGUUCAAUCUGUUGUGAUUAAAAUUGAUAUUGAAGGAUCAGAGGGUUUUAUGUGCGAAACUGGAUCGAAAACUUUUGAUCUAAUUGAUAUUCAAGUCAUUAUAAUGGAAUGGGGACAUGGUUUUAGAAAAUGGCAUCGAAAACGAUAUGAAUUUAUGACAUUGUUUUUCACAGAACGUCAAUAUAUUGUAACAGAUGCUUUUUGCAACCAACUCAAUUUGACAGCAUGGGAAACAACAUGGCCAGGAGACAUCUUUUGGAUAAAGAAGAUCAAUUUUAAAAAUAACAUUUGUUGA